GACAAUACUGUAUAUACGGCAAACCUUAUGCCGGUAAACAAUCUUAUGGAUGGAUUGAACUGUACGAUGAUAGCCCGAGCAUUUUUCCCAAUGUUUUGCCAUUUGCUAACCAGAGGUAUUACCACUGGGUUAUCAGAUUGUAUUUUUUCUGUCAAACGAGUGGUAACAAAACAAUUCCAAUCUCGUUACCGAUAACCAAACCAUUUUAUCUGCUGCCUUAUGGGUCACGUGACUGUCAACAAGUCAAAUGGAUGGUAGCAACAACUGAAUGGAUCAAGUAUUAUACGCCUUACUACGACUAUAGAUAUCAUAAGACGCAUGGAACAGUGCCACAUCAUAAAGUUGAUGACAGGAAUCAUAAUAAUGGAAUCACCAUGUUUUACUGCUAUUAUGAAA